AUGGACCACAGAUGGACUCUUAACCAGAGUAUAAUACAGGAAAACCCUCCACUCUGUUAUGCAUCCCUGAACAACUCGUGUGUAAAGACUGUUUAUCCGAUGGAGACUCGAACAUUUAUGUACAUUUUGUUUAGUUUUAUAACAUUUUUUACAUUAUUUGGAAACCUCCUGGUGAUCAUAACCAUUAUUCAUUUCAAGCAGCUCCACACACCAACUAAUUACCUCAUUCUGUCUCUGGCUGUAGCUGAUCUGUUUGUAGGAGGGGCUGUGAUGCCUCCCAGUAUGUUACGCCUUGUAGAGACCUGCUGGUAUUUGGGGAACCUGUUCUGCAAAAUACACAGCAGUCUUGAUGUCACAAUGUGCACUGCUUCCAUUUUAAAUCUGUGUAUAAUUUCUGUAGAUCGAUAUUACGCAGUGUGCCACCCCCUUUUGUACCAUGUUAAAAUGACUACUAAUAUUACUCUGAUUAUGAUCUUUGCAUGUUGGGCCCUUGCUGUUUUUGUGGGAUUUGGGAUUGCAUUUCUAGAACUCGGCAUUCUGGGUGCAGAAGACUUUUACUACAAUAACAUUGCCUGUGAGGGGGGCUGCAUUGUGUACCUCAGUAAAACUGCAAGUGUUGUGUUCACAAUGAUGUACUUCUAUAUCCCUGCUGUUGUUCUGAUCAGUAUAUACCUGAAAAUAUUCCACAUUGCACAAAACCAAGCACACUCGAUUCAAAAUGGCCAUGUGAAGACUAGCCAGCAUCAGACAUCUGUGCGGAAGACAGAGAUAAAGGCGACCAAAACUUUAGCCAUUGUCAUUGGUGUUUUUCUGCUAUUUUGGGCACCAUUUUUCAUCUGUUCAUUGUUUGAUCCUUUUAUUGGUCCUGUAUUUCCACGUGGUUUGUUUGACUUCCUUUCUUGGAUUGGCUAUUCCAAUUCCACUUGCAACCCCAUUGUGUAUGCAUUCUUUUAUAGCUGGUUUAGAAAAUCAUUUAAAGUAAUUCUACUGGGGAAAAUAUUUCAACCUAAUUCUUCCAGAUUAAGGUUGUUGUAA